CAGUGGCGGAGGGUUUAAAAAGAAACACAGGAAGCAAGAAAGCAAUUACUUCUCCGACAUAGAAGCUGAAAGAUAAUUUUAUUUAAAUUCGCAGCAGGUUAUACAACAGAUCCAGUUAGAGUACUGUUUGUCGUAUUGUUACAUCUGUGUAUAUUUAUAAAAAAAAUAGCCCAGUAAAGAUGUUGAUUAAAGUGAAGACUCUCACUGGCAAGGAGAUAGAGAUUGACAUAGAGCCUACAGAUAAGGUGGAGCGGAUUAAAGAAAGAGUGGAAGAGAAAGAGGGCAUCCCUCCUCAGCAACAGAGGUUGAUCUACAGUGGGAAACAGAUGAACGAUGAGAAAACGGCUGCAGACUACAAGAUCCAGGGCGGCUCUGUUCUUCACCUGGUACUCGCCCUGAGAGGAGGACGGCUGCUAUGCUUCACGUUUUAGCCUCUGCUAAACAACGAGCCCAGAUUGCUAUGAUGCCUUCAAAAAUCACAGUGUUAUUUGAAGCGGUUGCAUAAUCACCUGGUGACACUUGAAGGCAUCACAGAGUCAUUGACUGAGUUGAAUCAGUUUCUGCUUUUGUUCUCCGUCUCCUUACAGCCUUUAGUGUGUUUUUGCCAAAGCUUUGCGUGCAGAUAAUAAAUUCCCUCAAGCUUCGGAUUAACACUUGGCCAAAUGGCUGUUAAGGAAAAUUAUUUAAUAGUUUUUCUGUCACUGUGCAAGUAAUGUUUGUUCUCAAAGGCAUGCUGUAGCAGAGUGUGUUUGACAAAACUGUAAUCCAAAGCUCUUUUAGGGAUGUCCAUCCGUUCAGAGUUUGGUUGUGCCAAACCAGCACACAGUUUGAUUGAACCCAACAGAUUGCUCUUAUGAAGCACUGAUGUAGCCGAGUAGACGUAAGAAGAACCGAUUACGCUUGUGUUCAGUGUCCUUGAAAACUCAUCACUUUGUUUAGUUAAAUAAAACUAAUUCUGUAAAUGC